AUGACACAAGUCGACGGAAAGCUGGGAGAAAAACAAUCUACAACGAGCACGACUACCCGGGAUGACAAUGACAAAACAUACAAUACGGCUGAAGCGUUUCCUAGACUUCAACUGCGCGAAGAGAAAGAUCGACAGCUACAAAGCCUAACGUACUAUUCUUCAAAUCCUGCUGCGCGAUUCAUUCCUCUGGGCAUUUGCGAAGGAGAUUGUGACGAAGAUUCGGACUGCGCAGCAGGGCUCAUUUGUUUUCAAAGAGAUCGAGGAGGAAUCCCGGUUCCAGGUUGUUCGGGAAAUGACAACGCGAGAAACGAUUACUGCAUCAGAGACCCAAAUCAACAGCCGGCUACCCCACAACCCUCACCAAAGCCAACUCCACAACCCUCCAAUUUUCCAUCGCCGAAACCAACUACCAAGCCAACGUCCAAACCAACUACCAAGCCAACGUCCAAACCAACAGCGAAACCCACCACAAAACCCACCACAAAGCCAUCUCCAGGCCCUACUUCCGCCCCAGUCAACGCGCCAACGCCACCCCCGGUACCUCCUCCAACUCAUCCCGCAAUGCCAGUUCCCGCUGCAGCGAAUAUACCCGUUUCUCUUGUGGGAAACAAUGGGAGGCCCGAGCUUGGGUUCCCCCUGCUACAAUGUCAAGGGGAUUGCGACACGGACGAUGAAUGCGACGUGGGGCUCAUUUGCUUUACGCGUGUCUCGUACCAGACCGUACCAGGCUGUUUAGGUGGAGAAUCCGAUCCUAGAAGUGCGGACUACUGCAUCGUGGAUCCAAAUCCAAAUCCAAGUCCUACAAUGUCCAAACCUCCGCAAGCUUCUCCGACGGCUCCGCCCCCCACAGUUCCACUAGCAACUCUUGAAACCAUGAUUGUGGGCAACAAUGGAAGGCCCUUUGGGAGAUUUCCCCUUAGUCUCUGUCAAGGCGAUUGCGACUCGGAUAGCGAAUGCGCUGAAGGACUCGUCUGUUUCGAUUCAACUCCGGGAGCUCCCGUUCCUGGAUGUUUGGGGUUACCAAGCAAUGGAGACUAUUGCAUUGUUGAUCCUGGUACUGCAGCUCCAAUUUCAUAUGCGGCGACAACUCUGCCUACAAACAAGCCCACACAGCGACCAACUUUGAACAAUAGUAGUAAACCCACUGCCAAGCCAACCAGCAAACCGACCACGAAACCAACUGCUAAACCUACUAGUAAACCGUCGAAUAGCCCGACCCCCAAUCCGACUCGAAGGCCUACAGCAAGACCAACUCCCGCGCCGGUGACUCUGAAGGAAAUUGAAUCUGUCGGAAGGGGCAACCCAAAUGCAUAUCCUUUGAAGCUCUGUCAGGGUGAUUGCGAUAAUGACAAUGAUUGUGAGGGGACGUUGAUUUGCUAUCAACGAGACGGAGGGGAAGAAGUUCCAGGAUGCCGUGGCGGAUUAGAUGACAACAGCCGCACAGAUUACUGUGCCUUUCCACCCACUCCAAAUCCAACAUCAUACCCCACUCCAAAUCCAACACAAUACCCCACCCCAAAUCCAACCAAAAACCCCACACGCAAACCCACACUGGCUCCCACUCGACAACAGACAAAAGCUCCUAGCCCAAACCCCACAAAGCGACCUACUCAUAUGCCCGUUGCCUGGCCUACAGUCAGACCCACCAAAGAUCCCACGAGAACCCCAACAGAAACGCCAACCAAAACACCAACAGCAACAGAGGCGCCAACCAUUGGACCUACGCCUUUGCCUACAACCGCGAAGCCAACACAAGCCCCAUCGCCAAUUCCCGUUCCUGCUCCAAUCCACAAUAUUCGACUUCGCCUCUACUGGGAAGAGGGGUACACGUGGCAAGAAUCUACGACAGAAAAGUUCUGGUGUAUGAUGGCUGACUAUCGAGGAAAGCCUGGAACAGGACGAUGCUGGCAUGGCCAAUCCACAGCGCCUUGUGCUCGAGAUCAACUGUACGUGGCGGACUGUAACAGCGACAGACGACAACGAUUUAGCAUCAUGUUUGUGACGCACGAUCAAGUCAUGAUUAAAGUAGCACGUGACAAUAGAUGCUUUCAACGCAAUGGGCAGUUGAUUCAACUUCGUGCAUGCGACCCUACAAAUGAUUUGCAAAGGUGGUUUUCACGUCGUGGAGCCUUCAUCCAAAGAAGGUUCGAACUGAGUAAUCCAACGUUACCUGAAUAUUGUGCUACUCAAGAGCAUCACCCCAAGCCAGGUGAACAGGUUUACCUCGAGCCUUGCAUCCUGGCUCGGCAUCCAGUCCAUCAAACAAACUUUUGGACGAAAUUUUGA